UAUAUAAGAGACGAUCACACUCUCAAAGGGUAACAUUUGGUCGAGUCUCAUUGCUGGAGUCACAGGACUUUCACAAUGCGGUGUCUGCUUUCAGCUUAUCUUCUGCCACUGAUUCUGCAUUCAUGCACCGGUGCAGACUGGUGCUACCAGACGCAAGUGAGCUGUGAUUCCCACUGUAAAGGACCAGAUCAAUGGAGUAAAGUCAAUGCAGACUGUGGGAAAAACAGACAGUCACCAAUCAACAUAGUGACGAAGAAAACCAAACUGGACGAGCGACUGACGCCUUUCAAAUUCACCGGCUAUCAGAGCGUAUUCGACAGCACCAUGAAGAACAACGGCCACUCGGUUCAGGUCAGUAUACCCAUCACAGCCACAGUGUCUGGAGGAAACCUGGAAGAAACGUACAAGGCCGUGCAGUUUCACCUCCACUGGGGCACCGACGGAGGUCCUGGAUCUGAACACACCAUUGAUGGAGAGCAGUAUCCCAUGGAACUGCAUAUUGUGCACAUGAAACAAAGAUACAACAGACUUGAAGAUGCUCUCAGAGAUCCUUCAGGAGUCGCGGUGCUGGGAUUCUUCUAUGAGGAGUCAAGCAGCUCAAACAGGAAGUAUGAUCUCUUCACACACGGCCUGCGCAGCAUCCAGAAUACAAAUGGAAACACGACGCUUCGUAAGGUCUCUCUGAAUCAACUCAUUCCGCCUGAAUCCAACAUGACUAACUAUUACCGGUACGACGGAUCACUAACCACACCGGGUUGCACAGAGGCUGUGGUGUGGACGGUGUUUGAAAACCCCAUUCCCCUCGACAGAGAACAGCUUCGGGCCUUUUCCACCCUGAAGUUCCAUGAUGGGAAACCAAUGGUGGGAACGUUCAGACCCGUUCAGCCGCGUAACGGACGUGUGGUUUACCGAUCCAGCAGCGCAGCGAUCGCCGCCAGCGCCGUCCUGAUUCUGGCCUCCAUCUGCGCAGCGUUCGGCCUGUCCCGUCCAAACUAGUGCAAGACUGACUCGUUACCGGCACACAAUCGACACAAUGAGUUCUCAUCCAAUCAACGGACCAACAGAAUACAACCACAAACGAGACGUUUCUACAGGACACUAGAGUAGUUAGUGUAGAAAUCUGUCGACUGCAUGACCAGUAGACGUGUGUUCAUAGCUAUCAAUAGGAGCUGGACUAAAGCUGCUCGAACCCUCUGUGAAGGUCUGGCAGGGAAUAAAUGCAUGACCUUUAUCUGUUAUAGACACCUGCCAAAACACACACACCGGCUAUAUUUACAGAGGCUUUCAUGUGCUGGACAUGUACAUUAAUAACACACACAACGAUGAUCAGCACUCUACUGGUGAAAGGUCACAGAGGUCAAGGGUGAAAAGGUCACAGAGCGCGAGAACAGAUCAGAAUGAAACGCAGAUAUAGCAAACACACAAAUACACACAUUAAUUGUGUUGACACUUUCAUGGUGUGUUUCACACCAAAUUCAAUCAAAAAGGGAAUCGAGUUAUUUAAUUAAGAAUCGAGAAUUUUAUUUGACAUAUGUAGGUGUAUAUAUAAGCAUAUACACUGUAUGAUAUUAUUUAUAAUAAUUUAGACAUUUAUUUAUAUAUGUACUGCUGCUGCUCAAAUCUGGGAUCAGUAAGACUUGUAAUGGUUUUUAAAGAAGAUUCUUAUGCUGCAUUUAUUUGAUCAAAAAUACAAAAAAACAGCAAUACUGCAAAAUGUUUUUUACAAUAUAAAACAAUGGUUUUUAUUUGAAUAUACUUUAAAAUAUAAUUUAUUGCUGUGUUGCAAUGCUGAAUUUUCAUCAGCAGUUACUCCAGUCUUAAGUGUCACAUGAUCCUUCAGAAAUCAUUCUAAUAUGCUGAAUAAAUGAAUACUUUUAUUCACCCAGGAUGUGUUAAAUUAAUAAAAAGUGAUAGCAUAGAUUUACAUUGUUAGAAAAUAUUUAUAUUUUGAAUAAAUGCUGUUCUUUUUAACUUGUUAUUCAUCACAGGUUUCAAAAGAAAAAAUAUUUGGCAGCACAACUGUUUCCAACAUUGAUCAUUUUAAUAAUAAAUCAGCAUAUUAGAAUGAUUUCUGAAGGAUCAUGUGACACUUAAGACUGGAGUAACAGCUGAUGAAAAUUCAGCCUUGCGUCACAAGAAUAAAUUAUAUUUUAAAGUAUAUUAAAAUAAAACCCAUUGUUUUAUAUUGUAACAACAUUUUGCAAUAUUACUGUUUUUUUCUAUAUUUUUGAUCAAAUAAAUGCACCUUUGAUGAGCAUAAGACACUUCUUUAAAAAACAUUACAAGUCUUACUGAUCCCAAACUUUGAGCGGCAGUAUAAAAAUGAGCCGAGUGAGUGAACUAAAGAAAAAAAAAAAAAGGGGGAACCAAGUGCAUUGGCAUUUCUAAGUUUAACCCAGACAUGCAUUGCUUCAUAGACACAUAAAAACCUUUGCUAGUCAGUAAAGACAGUCAAAAUGAAAGUGAUGAGUUCUCUGUGACGAGAAAUUAACUACAAUUUCACAACACUUACAGGCUGUGGCAUGAUAUUUACACACAUCUGGACUUGCUGUAGACGUCUGAAGUCAUGCAUCUUGCGUACAAACGUAUACUGUAUAUCAGUGAGUUUUAGUUUGAGUCUGUUGUGAGGACACAUGAUUUGUGUUUUAUAAACUUUGAGGGUCUCAGGCGCACUAAACGUGAUGCAUUGAUGCUCUCGCUGGAGAAAAUGAAUAUGAAGAUUAGUAUUUGCUGUAAGGGCCGUUCAGACUCAACAAACAGGGAAACGUGCAACUUCUGUACUGCUGACGCACAUCGAUAUUAUCUUUAUAUGUUUAUCAUUUUUCUACACAUGUAUGUAUGUUUGUUUAUCUAAGCGCUGUUGUUUAUGUGUAUUAUUGUUCAAA